AUGCCAGAACAUGAUCCUAGCUACCAUAACUCCUUUCUGCUAAGAAUUAUACUCUACAUCUUGUACCGAUAUCUCACUGGGAGAUCGCCGACCCUGGUGAGACCCAUUGACCGGUCCUCUGGCCCCCAAUUAGAAGAUGGUCCAGGAAGCUAUUGCGUGAUCCUGAGUUGGGAAACACCCCUAGGAAAAGGGGUGGGGACUCUAGGAUAUAAGCCCAAACUUCACGGUCAUGGUCAGUCUUCUAGCAGCAACAUGUUCCUGCUUUACCGUACAUCUCCCCGUUCUUCGAUAAGCAAGAGAUUGGCUAUAGACGCUGCACAGCAAGAUGACAGUCAGUCCUCCUCUGGACACGGUUCUUUGCGACUAGUCAAUUUGCAUCAUAUCGAUUCAACACAAAAAUAA